CAUCUUGUUUGCUACAUUGUCGCUGACGAGCAGUGAGUGGCCGGCUCGGGCGGUUACAUUGUUUCCAAUCGCCGGCACGUUCUUUCCUUCGCGGUUACAUUGUUACCGAGUACAGUUACAUUGUAGCAGCGCGGCCUCUGUUCUAUCCCGAUGUCUGGGCGAGGUAAGACCGGCGGCAAGGCACGGGCUAAGGCCAAGUCCCGAUCUUCUCGGGCCGGCUUGCAGUUCCCGGUCGGCCGCGUCCACCGCCUGCUGCGGAAAGGCAACUACGCCGAGAGGGUAGGAGCCGGGGCGCCGGUCUACCUGGCCGCCGUCCUCGAGUACCUGUCGGCUGAGAUCCUGGAGUUGGCCGGUAAUGCGGCCCGGGACAACAAGAAGACCAGGAUUAUUCCCCGUCACCUGCAGCUGGCCAUCAGGAACGAUGAGGAGCUCAACAAGCUGCUGGGAGGGGUGACCAUCGCUCAGGGAGGCGUUCUCCCCAACAUCCAGGCCGUGCUCUUACCGAAAAAGACCCAGACUUCUAAAAAAUGAGGCAAUGCGCAUUUGCUUUGAGCAAUUUCUGAUUUUUGUUUCGGCUGGGGGUGUUAUUGGGGGAUGUAAAAAUUGCAAUCAAUUCGUCAUGGAUCCAGUCUUCGGUCUCCUUUUUUUUAAAAUUUCACUGUCACAUUGUAGCCGAUCGCAAGAGUUUGGGAUCGAGGAACUGUCCGACCGUAAACCGUCGUUAAAAAGACUGAUAGUCAGGAAAUUCCGCUCUCGCUUGACGGGCUCCGCUUGUUGGAUAGCCCACUUUGUCUGUUUGCUUGUAUGUUCAGUUUCUGACUGUGUGUAAUUUUUGGGGAUUCCGCGGGAAAUAGCUCGGGUCUGUUGUUUAGAUUUUUAACAAGGCGCCGUGUUGUCUCCGGAGAGCUGGGGGUUUGCAUUCCGGAUUGUAACUGUGUUGUGAUUUUUUUUUUGCUUUGUUUCCAUUCUCCUGAAACUCUUUCAGUCAAAACGUGACUGAAGCCGUGAGCCAGCUAGUGUGGUUUUUUUCCUCCCCCCCCCCCCCAAGUGAUUAUGUAUUAUUGAGAUUAUUUUUUCCCCCUCUUUAUUGAUUUUAUUUGAAUUCGCUGUCCGGCCGAGGAAAUAACUUCGCUUUCUGGCUAAAAUGUUGAAUGGAUCCUCAUCCCGUGGGGUCGGAGAUGUUUAUUGUAUCUGUAGUUUUUAGCACUUUAAACGCAUCCAGUGUUUUUGAACUUUUAUUUGUGUUUGGGGGGGGGGGGGAAGGGGCUAAUGGAAAUAAAAUUUAUAAAAUGCGA